CCUGAGCACUGUAAUUAUAAUUCCAUUCCUAGUUAAGUGUUGUCAUUAAACAUCCCAGUUCUGGAUUCUGAUUGGUCAGCUUUAUUUCCGAUGAGAGUUCGAUAUAGUCUCCAUGGUAACGGUUCGUUAUAGGCAGGGAGGAUCCGGGAUUAACAUGUUUUUUCCCGGAAGGAGUCUCCAGUGUCGGGGAGGAAGGUGUAACGUUAUUAAGAGGUUUAGGAUGAGCAGCGUGGCAGAGGGCUGCAUCCAGUUCACGCGGCACGCAGGCGACGUGCUGUUCAACUUCAACCGCCUGCGCAGCCGGAACAUCCUGACAGACGUCAUCGUGCGGGUCGGCGGCCGAGAGUUUCACGCGCACAAGACCGUCCUCAUGGCCUGCAGUGGCUUCUUCUACACCGUCUUCAUCAACGGCCAAAAAGCGGACCCUGCGGUGGUCAGCUUGGACACCAAGGCCGACCCUGACGGCUUCGCCAUCCUGCUGGAGUUCAUGUACACUUCCUGCCUGACCCUAAAAGAGCGCUUCAUCGUGGCCACGCUCAACACUGCCAUCUACCUGCAGAUGGAGCACAUGGUGGAGACCUGCCAGCGCUUCAUGGAGUCCAGGGGUCUGAGUUUGAAGCAGCCACGAGAGGAACUGCCGGCUGGCUCCGCCCACCCACCUCAGAGCGUAGACCUCUUAGACUUUGGUCCUCCUGCGGUGCGCUAUGCAGUCGGCACCAACAACCCGUCCAGCGUCUACAACCAUCUCCCUCCCCACCCUUUUCUCACAGACUCGGUCAUGAAAGCCAAGCUGAUCCCCUGGGAAAUUCCUAAAGACCGCCAUGCCGCAACCCACGGGCCGUGUCCCAGUUCGGGUGCACGUCGGGGCAAGCGCUCAAACGCUGACCCUGUGGUCCAUCUGGACGGUAGUGCGAAAGAGGAGGUCGCUGAAAUGGAGAACUCCCCUCACAUGGUCAAUCCUCGCAGCCCCCUGAAGUCGGACUGCCAGCCGAACUCUCCGGCCGAAUCGAGCGGCUGCAGCCGGGAAGCCGCGUCUCCUCCGAAGGUGCACAACUGGAAGAAGUACAAGUUUAUCGUUCUCAACUCUGCAGAAGGAGACGAGAAUCCACACCGGAAUUCCAAACAAUCUUGGGAGAAAUGCGGCGAGACGGCGCUGGAGCAGACGCCUGUCCCCAUGUCUGUCCGCGGCAUGAGGGAGGACAGCAACAUGAACAGCGCAGAGACGAAGACCGCGGAGAGCCGUGAUCUGAGCUGCAGUGUGUGGGAGAAGACGGCGGAUCCGGCGGGUUACCCGUGUCUCCAGGACUCCAAACCGUACGACUGCGACCUCCUCAAAACGCCCUUCAUCUCCAACCACACCCUCGCUAACCACAAACCUGUCUCAUCAGGUGAGAAGCCGUACCACUGCAGCGUGUGCGGCGCUCAGUUCAACCGACCGGCCAACCUGAAGACGCACCUGCGCAUCCACUCGGGCGAGAAACCCUACAAGUGCGAGACGUGUGGCUCCGCCUUCGUGCAGGUGGCUCACCUGCGCGCUCACGUGCUGAUCCACACCGGUGAGAAACCGUACUGCUGCUCCGUGUGUAACACGCGCUUCCGACACCUGCAGACGCUCAAAUCUCACCUGCGCAUCCACACCGGGGAGAAACCCUACCACUGCGAGACGUGCGAUCUGCGCUUUAGACACAAGAGUCAGCUCCGCCUUCACCUGCGACAGAAACACGGCGCCGUGACCAGCGUCAAGCCCUCCACCGGCUGACACACACACACUGUAAUACAGCGGUACAUUGGUACUGUGGGUUUAGAUGUCCGAGUGCGCUACUAAUCACUGAUCAUAACGCUCUCUUCUGAUUGGUCCGUUUCAGUGUUCAGGGGUUUGUUGCGUUUUUCCAAAAAAACUUUAAGGAUGUUUUUGUUCUUCAACACAUGAACACAGUUAAGGCUCUAACUAGUGAACUAGUGAAAAUUUAGUACCCCCUCAUUUCUCUUCUGAUUGUGUUUUUGUGUAAAACAAACAAACAAAAAAAAAACUUUAUUAAUAAAAAUCAUCUGCUCGUAGCGGAUCUUGGGAUUAGACGGAUAAAACCUCAGACGGACAAAUAUGGACAAAAACACACCGAAUUUAAAGAGGUUAGCGAAAAUGUUUAAAGGAAUUAUUUACAAAUUCAAUUAUUUAUAUAUAUAUAUAUAUAUAUAUAAUGAUCAAUUCUUUGUUGGUAUUAUUUAAAAAAAACGUUGGUUAAGUGAUGGGCAGCGCACUCAGACUGUCAUUUUUGCGAGUAUACAGUCAGUCAGUUGUACAGCAGUUAAAGAUGUUUAUGUAUUAUAUGGUUAUUAUAAAGAAUGUUUAUUUUUGCACCUGUUCAACAAGGUACAUAUGAGGUACAAAAAUGAAAUAAAUAUAUAUAUAUAUAUAUAUAUAUACACAUACACACACGAAAAGAUGUUUUAUAUGUUUUCUGUACAGUAUUUUGAUACAAAAAAGUGGAGAUGGGUGUUGUAAUAAAAUAUUACAGACGUUGCUCA